AUGGUGAACCACCGUCCCUCCGCCUCCCCCAGCGUUGGGCCCAAGGUCCCCCAACCCAUGGGCCCCACCACCCCGGGAGCCGACCCCACAGACCCCUCACCCCACACAAGGAGGGAGGAGCCAAGAAGGAGCCAGUCCCAGGAGCAAACCCCAGCCCCCGCCCCCGCCCCCAAGCACCUCCCCUGUGGAAGCACUGUAGAGAUCAUGACCCGCCAGAACCCCUGGGCCCUGUAUCUAUUGGGACCCCCACUCCCCAUGGAAAACCCCUCCCUGCUAGACAGGACCCCCACCCUGCCUCAGAGCCAGAGAGGGACUGAUCCCAGCCCCCAGGGGCAGGCGGCUGCUCAAGGCCAGGAGCCUUUGUUUGGCAGUUUCCAGUGCUUCAGGAAGCCAAGACUUCAUUUGACCAAAGCUUUCUUUCUUGACACCGUUCUGUCCAUCAUUUCUAUUAUCACUGUAGUUCUGAACCUGCUUGUCAUCAUUGCAGUCUCCCACUUUAGGCAGCUGCACUCUCCCACUAACAUCAUCCUCCUCUCUCUGGCUGUCUCAGAUUUUCUCGUGGGGCUUCUGUUGUUGCCAUUAGAAGUUUACAGAAACACAUCUUGCUGGUUUCUUGGGGAAAUCAUGUGUGCUGUUUAUUAUUAUCUUGCCUGUUGUAUUCCAUUUGUAUCAAUUGGUAACAUUGUUCUUAUAUCAGUUGACCGCUAUGUGGCCAUUUGUCACCCUCUGCAAUAUCCCACCAGAAUCACUACAGUGAGGGUCAAAACGUGUGUUUGUCUGUGUUGGCUCUGGUAUGGUCUGUACAGCAUAUUAUAUAUCAAGGAUCAAAUCAUUCAUCUUAUUGAACCUGGUGAAAACUUUGGAUGUCUUGGACAAUGUUCCAUCAUUUUUAAUUAUACUAUAGGAGUGGUUGAUCUCAUUUUGACUUUUGUUCUUCCAGUAACAGCCAUAGUUGUUCUGUACAUGAAGGUGUUUGUGGUGGCUCUGAUUCAGGCUCGUUCUAUGCGUUCUCAUGUUACAUUUGUCUCUGUUCAACAUCCAGCUAAAGCAAAAGCAAAGAAAUCGGAGCUGAAAGCAGCCAGAACUCUUGGUAUUCUUGUAGUUACAUAUUUGUCAUGUUUCUGCCCGGCAUAUUGUGCAGUCCUCGUAGAAAUUGAUUUUUUAUCUGCAUAUAUGCUUCUUGCUCUGUUUUAUUUCAAUUCCUGUGUGAACCCAGUGAUUUACACUUUAUUUUACCCCUGGUUUAGAAAAGCUAUAAAAAUCAUAAUCACUCUGCAGAUACUGAAGCCUGACUCCCGUGAGACAAACAUGUUGUAG